GCGGCACGUGACUUUCUGGACGAUAAGCUCACUGAGCACGUUGCUCCGAGCUCACUCUGAUCAAGAUACCUCCAAUGGGGACGCUCACAUCCUGCGCACGUCGGUUUGGGUCGUUCGUUCGUAAGGGUAUAAAUGAAUUAAACUACUUCCACCGUAAAAUCAGUAGCAGGACAGUGCUCAACAACCCACAAUGUAUCACCUCACCAAGGCAUUGCAGCUGGUCGGCGCUUUGUUGCUCUGCCUGCAAAGUGUCCCGAAAGCUUUGGCUGAAGAAUGUGUUGAGCUGAAGGAUCAUGCUUGGAAGAUCGCAACCUGCUGCAAGCAGGAACUGUUUCUCGAUUCCGGCAUGCUCUCGAGCUGUUUCAAAACCACGGAUGCUGAAUUUCCUGACAAUAAUUUGGAGUCUGUCGUGUGUGCCUUUGACUGUAUUUAUCGGGACAUGGGUUUCCUGGAGCAGGAGUACGACAUUAACGCCGAAAAGCUUAACGCCUGUCAGGCUGCGCACGAUGACGCCUAUAAGGAAACGUUCGCCAAUGCCGUUGACCACUGCCUGGCGAUCAAGGAGGUGAUGGCGCAGGAGGCAGAAACCGUGUCAACGGCGUGCAGCUCGUUCGCGGUAAAGUUCCAUGCCUGCAUCGCAACGCAUGUGAUGAAAAACUGUCCCGCCGAACGGUGGGAUGGUGGUCGGUUGUGUGACCGGGUCAAGAACGGUGCACCAAUCUGUGACGAAAAAAUGUAUCCAGCAACAAUGUUCGCCACGCUGUUCGUGCUGACUACAAUAACGGCUUAUACGACUUCCACCGAAUGUAUUUCGAAGCGACAGCAAACGGAACUGAAAUUCUGCUGCGAGAUGGAGGAACUUAUACCACGGCACAUUCGAACGAAAUGCCAGGAGAAGGCAGCGGCCGAUCACAAUCCAGGAUUUCGUAUGUACCACGUGUGCCAGAGCCAGUGUCUGUACGAGGAAAUGGAUGCAAUCGAUGGGUACGAGGUGCAUCUCGAAAGGCUUUACCCGGUGACGGAACACUUCCCGGUCGACUAUCGGCAAGCCGUUCGACUGGCAAUCGAUGAGUGUAACAAGUUGAUACAAGGUGCAAUGAAGGAUAAAAAAGUUAAACGGGAAGGUGCCGACUGUCCGAUGUUGGGCUCACAGGUUGAGAUGUGUUUGAAAGCAGCCACCUACAAAAACUGUCCCAACUCGCGGUGGACAGCUAGUGUUGCUUGUAGCAAGGUGCGGCAGGGUGUGCCUUUCUGUUGAGAUCGUUGUAAUGUGGCGAUACGGUUGGACAAUAAACUAUUUG